CUGGUGAGGCCGCACCUCAAGUACUGUAUUCUGUUCCGGGCCCCUCACUGCAAGAAAGACAUGGAGGCCCUGCAGUGUGUCCGUGGAAGGGCAACGGGGCAGGAAAGGGUCAGGAACAAAAGUCUCCUGAGGAGCGGCGGAAUGAACUGGGGCUGUUCAGUCCGGAGGAGGCUCAGGAGAGGCCUCAUUGCUCCCUAUAACAGCCUGAAAGGCCUCUUCUCCCAGGUAACAGCGAUGGGAUGAGAGGGAAGGGCCUCAAGUUGCACCAGGGGAGGUCCCCGUUGGAUGUUAGGAAGGACAUCUUUGCUGAACGAGCGGUCGGGCACUGGCACAGCUGCCCGGGGAGCGGGGGGAGUCAGCGUCCAUGGAGGCGUUCCAGAACCGUGGGGAUGUGGCACUGAGGGACGUGGGCAGGUGGGGGGGUGGACGGUGGGACUUGGUGAUCUCAGAGGUCUUUGCCAACCACAGAGAUUCUGUGAUGCUGUGAGUCGAGUCAUUUAUUGUAACGAGAGGUAAUCAGCAGCAAGCAAGCAAAAAAGUCACGGAAACACCUGAACGCUCGAUUGGGACACUGAGGGAGCCACAGGCCCGGUAGCAUUCAGGUGGGGCCAGGAGGGUGGACGCAUCGCCCGGUGCCUUCAGCAGCACCAACACGCCGGGUUCCAGCGGGGCUGCGUCCGGCACCGGGCCCCUCACCCUGCGCUGGCUGCGAGAGCUGCCGCCCUCCUGCCUGGGUGCCCUCAGCCCCCGUGAGGUGUGAUGGUGUUACAGAGGGUGGCACGGAACGGCCACUGUGACACGCAGGGUGUGGAACAGAGCUAAGGCUGUGGGGCUCAGGCCAAGCUCAGUGCGACCUGGUGAGGUGAGCAGGGAGGAAGGGGCUGCCUGAGGCUCCCGAGGAAGGAGGGUUCCCCAGCGCUCGGGGCCGGAGCUGAGCACUCAGCCUCAUCCCACUUCUCCCAUAGCUUGUCACACAGAGGAGAAAGCCUGGUGUUACUGGGACAGACACUCUGCGAGUGCUCGCCGUUAAUGCACACGAUGUCCGAGGGGACAAAGAAGCCUGCCAACUCAUGGCAGACGGGUGAAACAUGUGUGUUGUGCAUCCAGGGAGAUGCUGACCCAGAUAUCUAUGGGCGCAAACUGACCAUCAAUGGGAUCUAUUUCCACAAGUUUUGUGCACUGUUUGCGGGUGGCCUUCUUCAAGAGGCAACAAGACAGAAGAUAAAUGAUGAUAUAAGCAUGGUUGAGAUUAUACACAUAAUCAGGCAGGCAGAGCAGAUGCACUGCUUCAUUUGUGGCAAGAGGGGGGCCUUCGUCACCUGUGCAGAGCCGGGCUGUGACCGCAGCUUUCAUCUCCCCUGUGCCUCAGAGGGUGAAUGCAUCACCCAGUACUUUGGAGAGUUCAGGUCCUUCUGCAGGGACCAUCACCCGCAGCAGGCAGUGGUGGCAGCGCCGGUGCAGGACACAACCUGCAUCAUCUGUAUGGACUCCGUGGGGGACAGCAUGUCCUACAGCACCAUAGUGUGCCCAGCCUGCCGACACGCCUGGUUCCACCGGGCCUGCAUCCAGAGGCUGGCCCUGUGCACAGGCAUUACUUUGCACUGUCCACAGUGCAAAGACGAGGAUGAAUUUUUUGAUCACGUGAACGCCAUGGGGAUCCAUAUCCCGUCCAGAGGACCAGUCUGGGAAUACAAUUCAUAUGUACAAAAGGGAGACAAGCACAAGCGCUGCGAUGCCAGCAACUGCCGUUACCCCCGCGGCAGGGAUCAGGCAGGAGAAGGACCCUGGCAGCUGCUCCUCUGCAGCUCCUGUGCUGCACGAGGCACCCAUCGGCGCUGUUCCUACCUGAGUCUGAGCAGAAGGACCUGGGAGUGCAACGCCUGUGCUGGAGAGGGCACCUCCUCCAGCAGCAAUGUGGACAGCGCAGGCCCCAGCACUGCCAUCCAACAGAGACAGGGGCCUCUCCAAGGCCCUGUGACAUCACAGAGCAGCAGCAGCUCCAACACCACCAGCCAGGUACCAUCGGGGUUGGCUCACAGUUCCAAGGUGCCUGAGAGCAGAGUCCUGUCUAGCCAGUGCAGGAUAGAAUGGAAGAGAAUCUGCUCACGUUUACAUCGCAUUGGCGAUGCAUGUAAUGAGCUCCAAGGAUGCUGUGGGAGCAGCUGUGCUGCAGCCCCGAGUGCCAACAGCAGCACCCCGGACUCUGACAGCCAGGGGACAUCAGAGUCCUCGAGGCACUCCCCAGCAGUUGGCUGCAGCCACUGGCGCAGACAGGGACAGCGGGCCCGGACAAGAAGCCGCUCUCCAUUGCAGCGCCAGGCCACAGGUUCCCCGAGCCGGCCCCAAAGACACCAUGAGAGCAGGCAGGCACCAGCCUCAGAUGCUGAGAACUGAACCCAUAGAAACACAAGACGGGGAGCACCGCGGUCAUCGAGGGUUUCCACGGCAGCUGAUAGAAGCCGAUCCAGGCAGACAGGCUGGGCCCGGACUCGGAGCCACUUCCCCCUCAAACAUCAGGCUGCAGAGACCAGCGGCCAGCCCCAAAGGUGCUGCAGGAGCCGGUCCAGGUGGUGAGGGCCAGCCCAGGGGCGAAGCCGCUCCCGGGUUCCACAUCAGGCCCAGAACAUCAACCGCCGGCCCCACUGAUGUUGCUAUCCAGAGUCAUCACAGUCCAUCACAAUAAAUCUGAGAGUUCCAUCAUGCCACUGUCAGUUUUGUUCUUCCCUGCCUUUCCCGAGGUGGGCAGCUUUAGGGGCUGCAACCACGGGCAUCUCUUCCCCCCAGCACCCAACCCACUCCUUCCUCCCCCCAGCCUGGUUCAGGCUGAGCUGGGUUCUGGCCUCAAUUCCAGCGGGGCGCAGCGUUUCCAACACACAACGUGGCGGAGGCCAGGCUGGCAGCUGCAGCCCCGUGCUGGGGGUGUUUCUGUCAUCAUGGGGAUGU